CCUGGAUUCCGUAGAGUUUGUUAUCCGAUGUUGACCUUAAGGCUGUGGUUCUUGUCGCACAUAGAAAUGAAUCCACAGUGUCUGAUGAAACUAAUUAAUGAAGUCAGGGUUGUUGUUUUUUUGUGUGUGAGACUCGGAUGGAACAUUGGAACCACACACACACAUCUUUGGGUGGAUUGUACGAGGAGAUUUGGGGAUGUUGGGAGCUGGACGGAAGCAGAGUGUGUUCAUAAAGCUGCAGUAAACCCGGAGGGGGCGGAGAUCUUAACAUCUGUACCACUCACUUACACACACACACACACACACACACACACAGCAGAGGUCAGCCUCACACCCCACCAGCAGCUUGGAGACUUUUCUCUCAUAUUACCUCAGAAGCUGUUUUAAGAUGAAGUGUGCGUGUUUUCUCUACAUGCUGCCGUCUGCAGCCAUUCUCAUGCUGAGUUUUUCAUUAACCUACGGGACUCCGUCGAUAUACAGUUUAUUCCAAGGCGCCCCGUUUUCCAGCUCGAUCCCGAAACAACGCAGCAAAAACUGGUGUGCCUUCGUAGUGCACAAGAACGUGACCUGCGCUGUACUGGAAGUGACGGAAAGUGUGGAGUCUGACAACGCACCCUGUCCUGAACAUCAGCCCCACUGUAGUCAAACUGGAAUAUACCGUAUUCACACUAGACCAAUAUACAAGGUGGGCUACAAGCAGGUGACUGAGCUGGAAUGGAGGUGUUGCCCAGGUUACCGUGGUUAUGACUGCAUGGAGCUCAAGGAUGCUGUACCACCAUCUCAAGUUCUCCAGGAACCACAACCAGAUCUGCCAUCUGUCUACAAACCACAACAGAGUGUCCUCGGACCAGAUGUUUCCUCUGGUGCUCAUCCUUGGAUGCAACCUGGGCAAAGUGGACAAACCAGGCACCCUUGGACUAAGGGUGGAGAGUCUGGAAGACCGUGGGUUCAUGAUGGUCAUCGAGUUCGAGAGUUAGAAGAGGAAGUACAGCGUCUUUCUCAAACGGUCCUUGACAUGCAGGCUGCCAUGACUACUGCCAAUGCUAACUUGCGUCUAGAUCUGCAAGAAGAUGCAAGCAAGAUAAUCCUGAACCUACUUGGCCAUCUGCAACAACCACAGGAUGCACUGACUGGAGGCACUGAGAGCAUCGUGCUGCCCACAGACCUGACAAUUUCUCCAGUUUCUGAGAUGCUUCAGAAUCAGGUCACCCACCUUUCCAACACAAUCAGCACCAACACCAACACCAUUCAGAGCCUGGAGGCUAAGUUCCAGCAGAUUGAAGGCCAGAUGAACCAACUAAAAGAGGCAGCCAGUGGUAUUACGAUUCCAGUCCCUUCCUCUACCUUGGCCAGUGAGUGCCCAUGCCAGACUUACAUUGAUGAGAAAUUUCAAGCUCUCCGUGAGGAGCUGCUGGAAGGAAUGGACAUUAAGAUGGCUGAUUUGAAGAACUCCUGUGAGUACAAAGUGGAGUUAAUCAAAGAGCAGUGUGAGGAACAGGAAACCUCCUACCUAAGUCUUACUGAGCUCCUUGACUCCAAAGAGGCUGACCUACGCCAGGAAAUCCAUGACCUGAGGCACCUUGUUUCAAACAGCACUUCUAAAGUAUUGGAAGUUUCACAUUUUCAAGUUGAGAUCCAGAGCCUGAAGAAUGUGCAUCAGAGUUUGGAUAGUGCUGUAAAUGCAACAAACAAGCAACAGAAGGCUUUAGAGGAGGCCCUGAACACAAGGUUUAGCCAAGUAGAAAAGAGUUCAGAAAAGCACUGCCUCAAACUUGAGGAAAAGUUACGAAGUGAGAGGGCUAAGGAACAAGAGGCACAGAACAAAACUCUGGAGAGCAGGAUCAGUGCAGCUCUACAGGUCUAUGGAGACAUGCGAUUGCACACCAUACCAACAGAUAGUCAAAAUAUAUUAGAGAUGGAAAAACAGACACAGAGCCUGAAGAGUGAGGUGAGCACUCUUAUGCAGCGUGUUACACAUGUAGAGAGCUCGGUCCGAAUUCUCAACGAGUCCAUAAGCCAUCACAGCCAUAUGGACCGUCUGUAUAACAAACUAGGUGAACUGGAGGAAGUUUGUGGGAGGAACCAAGAAUCAGCCAACAAAGUGGAGGAGAUGUUGUCUGGAAUGGAUGGGCGGGUGGCCAAUGUUGAAAGGGUCUGUGGCAGAUUGGAGCCAAUGUCAGACAGUCUUAAGAGGAUUAAAGAUGGACUUAACAAACAUGUUAAUGGCCUCUGGAACUGUGUCCGAAAGCUCAACAGCACUGUCCUCACUCACACUACAGACAUCAGCACACUGAGAGAAAAUACGCACACCAAAGUGGUCAAGCAGAGUGAAACCACCACAAUGCGGCAAUAUGCAGGUCCAGGUGUUCAUUCUGGUAUGGAGGACUCUAAUGUUCUCAUGGAGAAAGCUACUCCAAUUUUAGAGUCUGGAGAAGCAGGGCCACCUGGAACCAAGCUUUCAUCACAUCCCCCUCAGGACAGCAAUGGCAAUAAGACACUUGUUAAGGGCUAUGCUUCAGCUCCAGGCUUUUCUCCAUCAUCCUCAGUCUCUGUUACAGCUCAUAUUCUUUCAGGUCCUUCCAGUGCGCCUGUGUCCUUUUCGGCUGGUCUGACCCUCUUCCCUUUUUAUGAAGAGGUCGGCAUCAUCCGCUUCAACAGAGUGCUGCUGAACGAUGGUGGCCACUAUAACCCACAUACAGGUGUGUUCACUGUGCCCACUGAUGGUCAGUACUUGUUGACUGUUGUGAUAACGGCCCAGCAAGGAGAGCGAGUGGAAGCAGUCCUCUCAGUGGCCAACCGUAGCAUCCAGAAACUCGACACAGCUGGACCAGAGGGUGUGGCCUCUGCAGGGUGUCUCUGCGGAGGCUCUGCCUCUGCCAGCCUCGUCCUUGAUCUUAGACACGGUCAGAGGGUGGGGGUUAUAAAGACAUCAGGAACUCUGGCAAUUUCAGCGUCCACUGAGGUUCUUUCCACGUUUAGUGGAGUUCUGCUUUAUCCCCUGCAGGCUAAAAGAUAACUCAAAGCUAAGAGAAUGCAUCAUAUGAACCUGACUUCAUUCUUGGAGUGCCAUUUCAACGCACAAUACAAGUAGUGCUGUCAAUAACAAUGCAUCAAGGUACUGAUCAAAUUUUAGGGUCAUAUUUUAAAGAGUCUAAAUGUCAAUAAAUACGUUAAUGUUAAAUGUCUUAUACCACUACACUCACCGUCCACUUUAAUAGGAACACCUGCUCAUUUAUCCAGUUAUCCAAUCAGCCGAUCAUGUAGCAGCAGCACAGUACAUAAAAUCAUGCAGAUACAGGGCAAGAGCUUCAGUUCAUGUUUAUAUUAAACAUCAGAGUAGGGAAAAGGUGUGAUUUCUGUGACUUUGAUUGUGGUAUGGUGGUUGGUGCCAGAUGGGCUGGUUUGAGUAUUUCAGAAACUGCUGAUCUCCUAGGAUUUUCUUUCAAACACAAAAUUCUCUAGAGUUUAUACAGAAUGGUGCUUUA